UAAUUAGCGUGACAGAAUGAACGGAAUUUGUGUGGUACUUGAUGAACACGAUCAGUCGAUCACUGACAGGUUGGUGACAGCUAUACGAACAGGGCUCACGAUGGAUUUUUAAAUAACUCCCUGCAGGUCUAGAAACAAUGUCUAUUUCUUAGCAUUUGGCAAUGAUGCGGCAUACGCUGGGUGAAUUAGCAUAUUCCUGUCAAUUGUCCAAAUCUGUUUUUCUCCUAUCUGUCACUGUCACACAACUUGUCAUAAUUGGAAUUUGUGAAUAAAGUGAAGGUUUUGAUUUUUUUACAUAUUUACAUUUUGUGUGUACGUAUGGUACUGAUUUGGUGUAUAUGGUUCGAUUAGCAGCCGAAUUUAUGAUUUUUGUUAACACUCUUGCACCGUAGCGAAUACUGUUUUUGCUUGUUACAAAAAUAGCCAACAUCCUGUGUGUUUAGCAUUCGCCAUACAGGGAUACUAUUACAUACAAUGAAAGUGUUACUACUAUCCAUUCGUAAAACCGAGCAUUAGGGGAGGAUUUGCGUAUUGUAGCAGAACUAUUAUGUCUGAACUCAGCAGAUUACCAUCAAAUCACGAUGGCUGAUGACUCUGGAAAACAUCAACAAAAACAGUAUGACUACCUGCUCAAAUUCCUCUUAGUGGGGGACAGUGAUGUAGGAAAGCAAGAAAUUCUAUCUGACUUAGACGAUGGAUCCUCGGAGAGCCCCUUCUGUGGAUACAGUGUUCUAACAACAGCAUACAAGACGACGACAAUAUUGCUGGAGGGCAAACGUGUCAAGCUGCAGCUAUGGGACGCUUCAGGUCAGGGUCGAUUCUGUACCAUCAUUCGGAGCUAUUCAAGAGGGGCGCAGGGUGUACUGCUGGUCUACGAUAUCACCAAUCGGUGGUCUUUCGAUGGACUGGACAGAUGGCUGAAGGAGGUAGAUGAACAUGCUCCCGGUGUUCCGAAGGUGCUGGUUGGAAAUAGAUUGCACCUAGCAUUCAACCGAAAAGUAGGUCAGAGAGACGCACAAUUGUACGCCGACAAGCACAGCAUGGCUUUCUUCGAGGUGUCACCACUGUGCAACUUCAACAUACACGAAAGUUUCAGUGAGCUGUCUCGAAUGGCGUUGCAACGGAAUGGCAUGGAACGAUUGUGGAGAUCUAACAAAGUGGUGUCUUUACAAGAACUCUGUUGUCGCUGCAUCGUCUCACGCGCCGCUAGCGCGUAUGGCAUAGAACGUCUACCGCUUCCUCCAUGCCUAAAAUCUCACCUGAAGUCGUACGCGACGUCUUCGGUGGCCGCUGCCAUCGGUCCACCCUACCUUGGGGGGCCUCCCAGCAAGGGGGCGCGCCGAAAGCAGCGCAAACUCGUCCGACGGCCGCUGAUGUCCUCCGCUUCGGCUACCGACCACCAGAGCAUGCUGCCCGCUGACAGCACCAGCUGCGUCCCAAGGAACUCUUGCGUUAUAUCGUGAUGCGUGUGCGUGGUUCAUUGUUAAUUUUUGUUGAGGCAAAAUGGAUUACGAGCGUUUACUUGCUUUAAAUGUUGGUUGUCGUUCCCCCUCAACGAAGCUAUGACCGUUUAAAAACGUAAAAAAUAAGUUGACUGUACUUCCCACACUACACUGUCAGCAGUUGGUAAGUGAUUAUGUUCUGAGAAAAAAGUUAGCCACGAACAUGUAUAACAAAAAAUUAAAUGACCUUCCUCCUACCCCCGAGAGAAAUUGCUGCAGGUCAUCGAAGGGAUGACCAACAGCUCGUGGAUGAGGAUAUCGGCCUUCACGCUGGCUACAGUACUCUGGAUGCGAUUGCCGACUGUGAUAUACGACCACCGACGACGGCGCUUGUCCAUCGGGAGACGACGUCGAACGUAUCGACACCUGGCUGUAGGAGAUAUGUUUAAGGGUAAAUAUCUGGGGGCGUCUAUGAUGAGUGAAAUAUGCUUAAAAUAUUCGUCAGACUCGUUUUCAGCUGGAAAAAUAUCUGAGAAAAAUAUAGUACGGCCCCCAGCACGCAUCGCUUUUUAUUUUUUUUUUGUUGGCCUGUGAUAUGAUUUCUAUCGUUUUUGUGCGUUUUCUCUAAAAUGUGUCCAGCGACUUCCCUUUCUGACUUCAGCGGGAAAAAUAUAUUAGGACCCCUAGACUUUUUGUGGCCCUGUGUUAUUUUUCACGAUAUCUCAUCAUUACGUAAAACGUGAUAACAUGUAACAGCUGAUUUAUCUAGAAGCUAACUUUCGUUGAUGUGGCAGCUCUGCUUUUACGUCUAACAUAUCUUGAUCUAUGUAUUCCAUGACGUGCGGCAUUUGUGUCUUAUGUCAUCAGUGACUAUACAUGACAUUGUCAAUCAAAAAAAGGUAAGAUUAAAGUUAAACUUCAACUUUAUAUGGUAUAUUUCAUGAGUAUCCAUUACAAAAGCGACAUCUUUGUAUUGGUCUGUAACGUUGGCGAUAAUGAAUUUUAGGACCGUAUUCAGAGCUGUUGUCCACAUAUCUGGAUUAUACUUUUGACGAAAAAGUGACAAUAACAGAUAUAAAAAUGUUUAUUUUUUUAUUAAAGUACAUCUGGGAUUUAUUGAUUACGGCAAUACAACAGGCUGCGUUGUCCUUUCCAGAAGCUGUAAUUUUACCUGUAAUAAUAAUUUAGGCAUGUGUUUCUGGUUUAUUGUCCGUGAUCAGUGUAACGUAAUUCAAAUACAGGUCAAGUAUGUGCAGAACCUAUCAAAAUAGUUAAUAAUAUAGUUGCACAUUUUACUUACAUUUUUCUAAUUCUUAACUUGUUAGAAUUUCUUGAGUAAUGUUCAGACCUAAUUCGGGAAUCGAACCUCAAUCAAUUCAGUCAUAUACUGAGACACAUUCUGAAUUAGUUGUAUUGCUGUUUCAUUGCCAUUUGAAAUUAUAUGGUGUUUCAAGUUCUAAAAAGUAGAGAUGAUUAACUUGGUUAAAAACUGUUUUUCUCAUUUUAUUCUUACCUGACUUGAAAUGUAGUCAUGAUCAUUACUAGCCAUUUUGCUUGUAGCGUUUUUUAUAUGCAAAGGAAUUUUUCUAAAUAAAAGAGUUGUUAGCAAAUACAAAAUAAAUCUGUAGCCUACAAAAAAACACAGCAAAAUACGGAUCUGUCUACCUAUUUGUCACUAACUUGUCGAUAUGUGGAGUUUUCAAAUAUCACUAGAUAAUCAGGUGUGAUAGAUACUCGUGAAAAAUACCCUGGUUAACCUCUCGUCAAAGUUAGCUAUUACUUUAGGCUUUAGGGUGAACAUGACUUUGAGAAAUGCUUCUUGAGAAAUAACCUCUGGUUAGCAGUAAAAUUACAGUUAACCUGCGAUCAAAAAACGACCUCAAAAUAUAGCAAAAUAUAUCAAGUGAGGUAGAACUUUGACGGAUUUGUAGACAGGGUCGUAUUGAGAGUUGAGGGGGAUUUUGAUAUACCAUAUCACAGAAAAACAGUAAAUUUGUUGUUGAAAGUUUGAGUGGCUGAUUGGGAAUUUUCUCUUGUGUACCAGUUUUGAAGUCCAUUUUUCCAUUAUUACAAUCCUGAUUAGCUGGCUACAUCUGCCAAUAUUAUACUUCAAUUUGAAAAAGUCAAUAAAAUAAAAUACUUUUUCACGACCGUUUUGUCUGCUUCUACGAACAAUAUUGCAAUGAAAGAAGAAAAAGUGUUAUCUUUCAUGAUAUAUCACGAAGUAUUUAUUCUUUAAAAUGAUUUUGGCAGCUGCAGUUAUUGCAAGUUCUUGAAGCACUUUAAAAUUCACAUUUGCAUUAAUCUGCACAAAGAGUAGCGAAACAAAAAUUUCGUUACAACGUUAAGAAAAACACCACGCCAUUGAGUAUUAUCACUGUUCAGAACUUUUCAUUUAUAAAAUUAUUUAAAUCCAGUUCUGUUAUUUCAGUUAGUAUUGUGUAUUUUGCCAUACUAUGCAAACAGUUACAGUCGAUUCUUUAUGUUUUCUGUCAAACGGCAACUAAAGGUUGUAAUUUCGUGCAUUUCGCUGAAAGUGGCAGCUCUCUAAUAAAUUUCUGGAAAUCAUUCAUUUUGAUAUCGACAAGCAAUACAUUUUGACACAUGGUGCAUGUUUGAAAGCAGGAAUCUUUCCAAGAUGAAUUUCAUUUUCACGUUGUGGUUACAACAAAGGAUGGAGAUGAAUCAGACCACCUCGAUUUUAAUUCGAAAAAACGCUUGGAAACAUCUCUGUUGGUUCCGAUAUGGCACUAUUUUGAUGAGGUGGGUAUUAGCAAGGGAGAUAGCGGUAUAUUUUUUGUAUACAAUCAAUGAUGAUCCAGAGGCUAGUGAAAAGGUCGCUCUAUGCUUGUUGGAGAAGAAAAAAACUUACAGUCUUUCUUGCUAUACAGUGUCAAAUGUCAAUAUUUAAGGGUGCUAUUUUUGGGUCCAUUUCAAGAAAGAAACUUCACAUGAAUGUAUGACCUAAAUAUCUUAAAUUUUGAGAUACAGGAUUGUUAAGUUUUUAAAAAUAAAUUAUUAUUGAUUUUUGUAAUACCACUUAAGAUAUUUUAAUCAAAUUUUCAAGAGGUAUUUUUUAACUCACCACAUUUUUAUUUUCCACCAGAGAAAUCAGUGGCGUACCAUCAAUAUAUUUCAAAAUGGGCAGGUGAAACUCAGUACGAACGCCACUGGUGAUGAAAUGAUGUAUUUUUGAAUACUUUAUCCCCUGAAUCUCAACAGUUAGGCAUUUAGAACAUACGUUCAUAUGAAGUGUUCUUGAAAUGGACUCAAAAAUAUUGACAUCCAAUUAGGAAAGCGCUCUGUAUGCGUUUUGAGAACUUUUGUUUAUCCGUGAUUUUUUGAAUGCAGGUCUUUAUAAGACGCGCAUCUUGUAUCAUGUUUUUUUAUUUACCUGAGUGUCGUAUUUCUAAGGGAAACAAAGCUAGGAUGUACUUGAGUGAUUGUGUAUCGAAUACACUAUGUAUAUACUACGUAAAAUUAAGUAAGCAUUUAUCUAAUUUAUGUGUAUAUUUUUCAGUUAUAAAAAAUAAAUGAGUG